UCUCUGGUCGCGUGCGCGCGCGCUCUGGAAGCGAAACAGCUGCUCAAUCCGUUGAAGUUUGUCAGUGUGCGCUAGUGAAACUGAUGAUGAAGGCUGGAGCUCUUAACUUGGAUUUCAUUUUACCUUUGAUUGUGAUGCGUCGGUUUUCAUGAGGUAAAGAUGAGGUAUAUAGAGUGAAUGCGCACAGAUGGAGACGUUUGUGCUGUUGUGGAUUUCGUUGUGCGUGAAGACCGCUGUAAAUUCUCCAGUGUCCACAGCAGCAAAGGCUCAGGGUUUUUUGGAGCGGUAUGGAUACCUGCAUGAGAAGAAUAAAACUCAUAAUGCAGCUGAAGUCAAGUCAGCCAUCAGAGAGUUUCAGUGGCUGUCUCACAUGCCCAUCACUGGAAAACUGGAUGGUCCCACACUGGAGAAGAUGACAUCACCCCGCUGUGGGGUUAAAGAUGCCCGUAGCCUAAGUGCCUGGGGUCAAAGGGUCAACAACAUCUUCACAGGCCACAAGGACCGACACGAGCAGCCUCUUCGUCAGAAACGUAACAUCGUGUCAGGUGAGAAGUGGUACAAACGUCACCUGACCUAUCGUAUCAUGAACUGGCCACAUAACCUCUCUCCUGGUCAAGUGAGCCUUGCGGUGAACACUGCCUUUCAGCUCUGGAGUAAUGUAUCUGGACUGAUCUUUCAGGAGGUUAGUCAGGGUCCCACCGACAUCCGUCUGGCCUUCUUUGAAGGAGAACAUAAUGAUGGAACAGGGAACGCAUUCGACGGACCAGGUGGCUCUCUGGCUCACGCGUUUUUUCCAUUUCGUGGUGAGGCUCACUUUGACAUGGCUGAACGCUGGACACUCAAUGGCAUCAAAGGACACAAUCUGUUCCUGGUAACAGCCCAUGAGAUAGGCCACACCCUGGGUUUGGUUCAUUCACCCGUCCGUCAUGCUCUUAUGUCACCCUACUAUAAGAAGAUGGGUCGCAAUACAUUGCUCAGCUGGGAUGAUAUCACCGCUAUACAACAAUUAUAUGGUAAGCCGUCUGGUGCCGGAUUUAAGCAGUUGACAGGACAGGAUUUGACUUGGGCCGUACAGGGCUGGGGGAUUUCUGAAGAUUCCCCUAUACCCCACUACUGUCUGGAUUUCUUUGAUGCCAUCACCAUGGAUAAGAACGAGACAGUGCUGGUGUUUCAGGGCCGUCUGUUCUGGACGAUAUCUAACGGCACUGUGAGCGCUCCACUUCCUCUACAGACACGCUGGCCAAAACUCCCAUUAGCCAUUGAAGCAGCUGCAUACUCCCCGAUAGACAACAAACUUUAUUUCUUUAAAGGCAAAUGGAUGUGGCGUUUCUCAGGCACUGAUCUGGACACUGGAUUCCCCAAGAACAACAUUAAAUUAGGCCUGCCAAGGCAUCCUGAUUGUGCCUUCUUCUACCGGCCAUUAGGCCACAUGGUGCUCCUGAAAGGAUCGCGUUACUACGUCCUAAACCUGGAGACUCUUAAACCGGAGCCGUAUUACCCUCGUCCUCUGACUGAUUGGACGGGGAUUCCACAGGGGGUAAACGGGGCCCUGACGCGGCCUGAUGGAAAACUCUACUUCUUUAAAGAACAGUACUACUGGAGGUUUGAUCCAGGGAAGGUGCACGUCACUGCCAAUGGAAAGUGGACAGAAAGACUUAAGUGGACUGGCUGCCAGACUUCAUCAUUACAGCCUAAUAACCUUAUAGGAGGUUGAUCAGGAGAAUUAGGUGUUGGUGAGAUGUGCAAUUACCAACAGGAAAAAUGCCUACAAAUAAAACAACAUUUAGAUAAGUUAUAUACUCGGUUUUAGGUUGAGUUCCCAAUGAUAGAAAGGUAUAGGGCACCCUUCCAGCAUUGUAGGGUUGUUGUGUUUACACACCGCCAACACACAUUUAUGUACAAACAUGGAUUUAGCAUAUUUUAAAUUUGAUUACACAGAAUUUAUAUAUUAAAACCUUUCAUAAAAUGUCAUAAAACUGGGCCCACUGGCAUCACAUCUGGCUAUGGUCACUAUGAUCAGACUGUCAGUUUUGUGACCGUGAGAUCCACAGACAGUACACUGGCCAGCACAAGACUACAACACUGUGUCCCUAAUGAACAAAUAACUCAAACAAAUAAUAUGUAAUAUAAACAUUUUAAAAUUAGUCAAGUCUCUAAGUUUUGUGAAGGACACAAUGCAGUAUGGACAAAACAGUUAACUUUCAGAAGUGCAAAGGUGAAAUAUCUUCACACGUACCCCUCAGGCCAAUGGGUGGUUAUUACAGAAAGAUUUUUAUGGUUGGGUCAUUCCUACUAUUCGGUGCUAUUUGUGUCCCCAAGACAUAAUAGUGUAUAUUUUAUUCAAAUAUGGAAUUAUACUAUUUUUUUUUUUAAGUUUUUCUUAUAUGAUAAACUCCCCUCCCCCAUAGAACACAAUGACAUAUACCUAGAAUUAAAUGAAAUUUUAAAUAAUUACUCAUUAUUCAGGGCAAAUAGACUGAACUGCCAUGUCCCCAGUCAUGUAUGCUUCAUUUUAGUUACAAAUAUAACUAAUUAAAUAAAAUAAAUCCUAAAAUGUUCAUUACUGUUGUAUAGCCAUAUUUAUAAUAUUCCUCACCAAAUGUUAUUUUUUAUUAUUAAUCGAUUUUAAUUAUUAAAAUCUUUAAAUAAAGUUGCACACCUAAGAUGAAUGUCCCCCCUGGUAGUCUUAUGGAAAUCCUCCUCAACACACCCCCUGGUUGCUCUUCUAGUCUCUCAGGAAAAAGCUUACAGUUUUGGAGGGUAACCAUCAAUAAGCAAGGUAGUUAUCAGUCUUUUAUCAGCUUUUUAUUUAACAAUUUAGAAUAGUUCACCGAUGUGGUAACACAUAACACGUCCCCCCUGUUGUGCUAAUUUAUAGAGGAAACAAUAUUUUUGGAAUUUUGAGAAAUAUUGUUAAUAAAUAUGGUAAAAAUAUUCCUCUAUGGUCAAUAUGUGUUAGCCUGUUGUUGUCACUGCUGUUACCGUCAUGUCUGUCCACCCUGUUACUGUUUUACGUAGUAAUGAUUGUACUGUAUACACUUUAUUUAUUUAUAAUUUUAUACAUUCAAAGAAGAUUUCAGCUGGACCAAUGCAUUUUUCUUACAGUUGUUAUUAUAAAAUCAUGCAGAAAAAAAGGAAAGUUACUACCCUGAAAUGGCACCGAAUAGUAGGAAUGACCCGGUUAUAAUCUGACACAAACACAUGUUAUGACACUACAGUCUUGACAAACGGAAACAACAAAGUAUAAUAAUGAAGACAAGCUCUCCUGAUUUCAUUUCAUUUAAUGCCCAUUUUGACAUGAUUUUGAUAUAAAUGUUAAACUAGUUUGGCAUAGGUUAAUGACAAGUAUUAAUUGUAAAACACAGUACCUGAUACUUGAUUUCUACACACAGUUUCUUUAGCUUUUUAUUUUUAAUUCUUAUUUAGUGAACACAAAAAACAAAGUAUAAAAAAUGAAUAAAUACCUCAUUUAGGUCUAUUAGUUACACACACACUAACAGCCUUUAGAUGUCAAGUGGUGCUAUUUUUACCUCAUGUUUAAUGGAGUCACAAACACAUCAGCGGUCUCGGUCCAAAGUUCGGAUGGCAGCGUUCACAAACACUUACAUGAACCAAUCGAUUGCAAUCGAGUUUGUUUUAAUCAAACCAAACCUGCCACCCUAACAGACCUGGAUAAUGCCAUGAUCACAGCUGUAAACUUCACUUUUAAACUGCUCCAGGUUCACUUCUGGAAUCAAAGUUAAAAAACAAUAAUAGGCAUAAGUUACUGGAAUAACAAUAUUAAAUAGUCAUUGAUGUCUAAUAAUAAUAAUAAUAAUGUUUUUUUAAUCUUAGGCUACAAAUGAGAUUUUAUGAUGCCAGACACAAUGAGGUACAGUUUAUAUAAAAAAAAACGCUGGUAUCAGAAUAUAUUAUCGUCCAAUAACCAGGAAGCUUAAUCAAUACUGAUCAGCACACAUGUGAUUUAAACAAUGCCUCCGUCUCUCUGAAAUAAUACUGGCAUGUUGCUUCUUUAUCUCAGAUAACUCAAAGCGCAAAGAUGGUGGGUUUGAUAUCAGUAAACACACACAUACUGAUCAAACCUAUAGAAGUCGCUUUGAAUUAAAGGUGCAGUGUGUACAUUUUAAGAGGAUCUCUUUGACAGAAAUGCAAUAUAAUAUACAAAACUAUAUUAUCAAGACCUUACUCAAUGAACUGUAUUGUUUUUAUUACCUUAGAAUAAGUCGUUUUUAUCUACGUACACCAUGGGUCCCCUUACAUGAAUGUCGCCGCCAUGUUUCUACACUGCUCUUAUAGAGCGUGUUUUGUCACUACGUUGUCUCAGAUGAUGACAUUUUUGUCCUGUAUUGUCCUUCUCAUUGCGUUUUGAAAGGGAAUGGUAACCUGUGAACUGAGCCGAUGGUUGUAAUUCACAAUCUAGAUUGCACACUGCACCUUUAAAUCAUCUUAUUACUCCACUUUCCAUGUGAAGUAAUGACGGAUUUAUACUUCAGCGUAGGACAUACGCCACAGCCUCUAUGUUGUAGGGUACGUGUCAGUUUUCAUUCAUUCUGCGUCCGAAGAAGUCAGAUGAAGAACUCAUCUGCUUGCGCAUUUCGAUGCUGAAUAUGACACUGUGAUGUCUGUGUCUGGGUGAAGGGGUCCGCUCGUGGCUCAGAUAUGCUGUAUUUUAGGUCCCUGGCCAGAGUCUCCAAAGCAGAAGCCCUCAUUGGCCUUUUGGGGAGCAGGUUUACAGCACAGCCUGUGUCCACAUUGGUUUCUGGCUCCGCCUCUUGCAGCACGAGACAGGACGCGGAGGUUUCAGAGGUCAUUGUGGGCUCAUACUGAUGAACCGACAGGCCUGCC